AUGGCGAAAUCUGCUUGCUCAGCUACCUGCAAAUUUAAAGCUUCGCUCUCUGUCCGUCUUCUAUUUUUUCUGAUACCGGCGCAGCUCUCGAACUCUACUCAUUCAGAGGGGACCGAGUCGAGUCGCUGUACAGUGAGUCAAUCCUCCACCGGACCCGGCGCUGGCAGUCGGAAUCUGCUUGGCACCCAAACGGCCGUCACUCCAACUGGGCUAUGCUCUGCCUCAGGACCCUCUGGCACUCCCGCUGGCUCCAUCGCCUCUCCAGCGCUUGGCUCAGGUGGCCCGGCCUCUGGACCGAAGGAGCGCAUCGUACUGAAACUCUCGCGAGCCAGCACCGGCGCAGUUUUGGCUGUCGCUUCUGUUGGUCAAUUGCCGAUACAAGCAGGCCACUCCGCUCCAGCUCCUGUCACCUCGGCCAAUUAUGCUGCUGGUGUAGGAGAGCCUGACAGACAGGAAUAUUGCGGCAUGCGUCAACGUAUGAGUGAGGCAGAGUCAGCAGGGUCAGAAGGAGCUGGUGGGAAAGAGCAAGAGCGACGGGCCAGACAGCGAAAAGAGAAGAAAAAAAAGCGUCAGAAACACGAUCUUGAUCCGGAGCAGACUGAACCAAUUCAA